CUCCGCUUUAAUAUAUGCUUCUGGAGAGCGACGUCCCCCUGCGCCGCCUCACCGCCCAGCCAUGUCGGCGGCCAUCUCUGCCGCGGAGAAAGUGGAUGGCUUCACACGGAAAUCGGUGCGCAAGGCUCAGAGGCAGAAGCGCUCGCAGGGAUCCUCUCAGUUCCGCAGCCAGAGCAGCCAGGUGGAGCUCUCGCCGCUGCCCCAGCUCAAAGAUGCCACUUUCAAUGAACAGCAGGAUCUUUUUUGUCAGAAGUUGCAACAGUGUUGUGUACUCUUUGACUUCAUGGACUCAGUUUCAGAUCUGAAAAGCAAAGAAAUAAAGAGAGCAACACUGAAUGAACUGGUUGAAUAUGUUUCAACAAAUCGUGGAGUGAUUGUUGAAUCAGCUUAUGCUGACAUAGUAAAAAUGAUUAGUGCUAAUAUUUUCAGAACACUUCCACCUAGUGAUAACCCAGAUUUUGAUCCAGAAGAAGAUGAACCAACUCUUGAAGCCUCGUGGCCACACAUACAGUUGGUGUAUGAAUUUUUCUUGAGGUUUUUGGAGAGCCCAGAUUUUCAGCCUAGCAUUGCAAAGCGAUAUAUUGACCAGAAAUUUGUACAACAGCUGUUGGAGCUCUUUGAUAGUGAAGACCCACGAGAACGUGAUUUCCUAAAGACAGUUCUUCAUCGAAUUUAUGGAAAGUUCCUUGGUUUAAGAGCAUUCAUCAGGAAACAGAUUAACAACAUUUUCCUCAGGUUUAUAUAUGAAACAGAGCACUUCAAUGGUGUUGCUGAACUUCUUGAGAUAUUAGGAAGUAUUAUCAAUGGUUUUGCACUGCCCCUGAAAGCAGAACACAAACAGUUCCUUAUGAAAGUUCUGAUUCCUAUGCAUACUGCAAAGGGAUUAGCUUUGUUUCAUGCACAGCUUGCCUAUUGUGUUGUACAGUUCCUGGAGAAAGAUACAACUUUAACAGAGCCUGUAAUCAGAGGACUGCUCAAAUUUUGGCCAAAAACUUGCAGUCAGAAAGAGGUAAUGUUUUUAGGUGAAAUUGAAGAAAUCUUAGAUGUAAUAGAACCGACACAGUUCAGAAAAAUAGAAGAGCCUUUAUUUAAGCAAAUAUCCAAGUGUGUGUCAAGUUCACAUUUUCAGGUUGCAGAAAGAGCUUUGUACUUCUGGAAUAAUGAAUAUAUUCUUAGCCUGAUUGAGGAGAACAUUGAUAAAAUUCUGCCAAUUAUGUUUGGCAGUUUAUACAAGAUCUCCAAAGAACACUGGAACCCAACUAUAGUGGCACUGGUGUAUAAUGUGCUGAAAACUCUGAUGGAAAUGAAUGGCAAGCUUUUUGAUGAGCUCACAAGCUCAUAUAAAGCAGAAAGGCAAAGAGAGAAAAAGAAAGAAUUAGAACGUGAAGAGUUGUGGAGAAAGCUAGAGGAGUUAAAGCUUAAGAAGGCCAUGGCAGAGAAGCAGAACAGCACUCACAAUGUGCUGAAUGCACACAAUCCAAGUGCCAAAUAAAGAAAUGACCCACCUCUACAUGGCAGGCAUACUUUUUUUGUACCCUUUUGAAACAUGUAAGGAUUUGCAAAAGAAACCUCAUAAUAGAAACAGCCAAUUUUUUCUCUGGCACAUGUAAAGAUUUGAAUUUCAAUACAGCAGUUAAGUGAUGUCAUUACCACAGCAUAUUGUAAAUUUGUCUAAUUAUUGAUAGACUGUCACUUCCAACGUUUCAUAGAGCUGAGUUAUCAUCCUUAAUGAGUGAAAUAAUUAUGGGAGUGGUGAGAAUUAUGACUUGAAUUUUUGAUUGUGUUGCACACAGGUGGUAUAGUUUGCUAUGUACAUUUUUUUAGCUUGUUUUAUAUGUGCUCUUCACAUCGCUGCAUACUUUGGUUAAGGUGAUAGAAAAGGCUUCGAGUUGUGCUGUAUUUUCUCAAGUAAAACCAAGGUAAGUUACCAGUAACUUGAGAUACUCAGAAUGUGCCCCUUCCAGCACUGAAAGGAACUCAGAUAUGGUGCUGUCCUUGAAUUCCUGGUUGGAUUCAGAUUUAGAUUUAUGUAAUGUUCACAUUAGAAUGAGGCAAAGUAUGGAAAGAAGCCAUCUUGAACAGGUUGGGGUGGUCCAUGUGUCUGGCCCACCAUUUGGUGAGUGCCUCUACCGCUGUCUUGCUGCCUCUUGGUCCUGGGCUGCCAGAGAUUUCCUCCUUCUGCAGCUGAUGAUGGAGCUUCCUCUAGAGAGCCCAUCAAUGAUGCUCCUCAUCAGCCCAAGGACUCCCUGCAGAGUAGUGCAGGUCUCUGAGAGACUCUUGGAUGAUUCUGCAUUAGUUAACAGCAUCUCAUGGCCUGAAAAAUGAGACCAAAAUUGGGUUGUGUUUUGUUGUUUUUUGUGAGGAGGGAAGGAUGUCAAUGAAUUGUUCCUUGUUUUAUUUAAGGAAAAUGCAGCCUACUUGCUGAAGGAAGCAAGUUGACAAUGGAAGUCUUGUCUGUUUGCUUGAUCAAGUAUUUUUCACAUCUUUUAUCAGAGUACCAUUCCAAUCUCUUAAAUUGCAGUUGUGUGGAAAACUUUUGUAAUGAAAUCUCUGGGGAAUUGA